CUCUCAUGACAUCAGCGAAUAUUCGUUUCUCAUAACUCAUAAUGACGAUGCAGUAUUCAGUAAAGCUAGGCGUGCAAUGUGAAGAGUACUUAAUGGAUAGGUGGCGUGUUUAGAACGCGUUUGCAUACCACGAAUUCACAGCUAUAUGACAGCUCACCCGACCAUCGAUCACAAGUAAAGCUCCUUGUACUCUUCAAACUAGAUUUUUUUUAUAGGUUUUACACCUCAACCCAUACACAAUGGCACCAACAGAUCCGCAUCAGGGAGGUCGUCUUGAGGACAUGGCAGCUGAGGGAACUACCAUUCCUGGAGAUGCAGGCAAGCAGAGACUGAUCCCAUCAGUACCUCGCCCAGACCAGAAAGAUCCCGGCCCAGAGUUCGCUCACCCCAACCCUGCACACGCCGCAGAUAACGCCUUCGACAUUCCUCGCGGCGUAAACGAUCAUGGCUCAACCGGGGAGGUCUUCAGCGGCACAGGAGACCAGAUCAACUCGAACAUUGAGAAAAAGACCCUGGAUGAUGUCGGCACCGUCCCAGAAGCGAAGGGUCACGACAAGUAUGCAAAGCAUGUGCGCAAGCAGCAGAGUGAAUUCGAUGAGAACUCUGGAAGAGUACAGGCAAGUCAUGAUGUGGAGGCUGCGCCUGGAGAGGAGCUUUUGACGCAGGAUGAGCUGUUGAAGAAGAGGGGUGCUGCGUAA